AGUAAUAAAUAAUAAAGUAUUUUAAAAUUAAUUAUUUACUGAGGCAAACAUGAAGACUGGAUUGUGAAGACAAUAAAUAGCUAUAUUUGGGGAUCGUUUUUGUUUAUACCUCGUAUUUAUGCGACAUACUGCCUCUCGGACCCCGCACCAGCGUAAUGGGUUCGAAGUCAAGAAGAAGGUCUCGCUCCAAGUCCAGAAGUUGGAGCCGAGACAGGCGGAACAAGUCCAGAGUGGGUAGGUCGCAAUCUCCAGGUGGGAGGAAAUGUCGCAGUCGGUCUUUGGAAAAAAAGAGAACCGCACACGUUCAAGGAAGAUCAAGCAGUAGCAGCAGAGGCUCAAAUGAUGGCUCUCCUGUCCGACGUCGGCCUCAGCACAGGGAGCGUACGGGAUCCAGCAGCGGGUCGGAGAGCGACAAGAGGCGACGAGCGCAGCGUCAGAGAAGCAAAUCUAAGGGUCGUUCGUCAAGUUCGGAUUCAGAAAAUCGCAAGAUGAGAAGAGGUAAGGAAAAGGAACGCCAUCGAAGAGCAUCUCAAGAUAGGCGAAAGGGAAGGUCCCAGUCCAGUUCUGACUCCCGUGAAGGAAGCAGUGAUAGAGAAAGGAGGAGAAGAAGAAAAAGCCCCGACAGAGGGAGUCCAGUUAGAGACAGACAGCGAAGGGAGCGGGAAAGAGAGCGAUGGAAGAGCAACAGCAGAGACCGGGAAAGAAAAGGAGACAGAGACAAAAGCCGAGAGAGAAGAAAGAGGAGUGAGGACAGGGAGCAAGGGACGAGCAAGAGAAGCCGAGAAAGGGCUGAUGGGAACAGAGGGAGGCAGCGGUCAAGUUCAUCAGAGUCAUCUGAAAGUUCAGGGUCUGAUCGUGAUAGUUGCAUGGUCAAAGAAAAAGAGGAGAAGAAAAAACAGAAAGAGAUGAUGAAAGCUUUGGAGACUCCAGAAGAGAAGAGAGCCAGAAGACUGGCAAAGAAAGAAGCAAAGGAGAAGAAAAGGAGGGAGAAGAUGGGCUGGAGUGAGGAGUACAUGGGAUACACCAAUGCAGAUAAUCCAUUUGGUGACAACAACCUACUCGGCACAUUUAAAUGGCAGAAGGCACUGGAUAAAAAAGGUAUUGGCCAUCUUGGAGAAAAAGACCUGAAAGAAAGAAACAAACGCAUUCAGGAGGAGAAUCGUAGAGAGCUGCAAAAAGUGAAACAGCUGCGUUUGGAGCGGGAACGAGAGAAAGCCAUGAGAGAAACAGAGCUGGAAAUGCUGCAGAGGGAGAAAGAGGCAGAGCAUUUCAAAACUUGGGCUGAACAGGAAGACAACUUCCAUCUGCAUCAGGCUAAACUAAGGUCUAAGAUUAGAAUCCGUGAUGGUCGUGCGAAGCCUAUCGACCUUUUGGCAAAGUACAUCAGUGCAGAGGAUGAUGAUCUGGCUGUGGAGAUGCACGAACCUUACACUUUCCUCAAUGGGCUAACUGUCACUGACAUGGAUGAUCUGCUAGAAGACAUAAAGGUGUACAUGGAGCUUGAGCAAGGCAAGAAUGUGGACUUCUGGAGAGACAUGACAACCAUCACUGAGGAUGAGAUCAGCAAACUGAGGAAAUUGGAGGCCUCUGGGAAAGGACCAGGUGAUCGUCGCGAGGGGAUCAACACAGCUGUGAGCACUGAUGUUCAGUCUGUGUUCAAAGGAAAAACAUACAGUCAGCUGCAGGCGAUGCACCUUAACAUUGAGGCAAAGAUUCGGGCUGGAGGAUCUAAUCUUGAUAUCGGUUACUGGGAGAGUCUGCUGCAGCAAGUCCGAGUCUACAUGGCCAGAGCCAGGCUGAGGGAGCGACACCAGGAUGUGCUGCGUCAGAAGCUGUUCAAGCUGAAACAGGAACAGGGGGUAGAAAGCGAACCUUUGUUCCCCAUCAUCAAAGAGGAGCCAAGGAGUGAGGAAGAUGAAAAUGAGAACAGAGAAACGGAGGAAGAGGAGGCAGGUCCAUCCACGUCUACAGCAGGAAGCAGAGAUAAUGAUGGAGAACAGAAGAAUGAAGGGAAAGACGAAGAGGGGAAGGGUGAGGUGGUUGAGGCCGUGUUGACAGAGGAGGACCUCAUCCAGCAGAGCCAGGCGGAGUACGACUCGGGUCGCUACAGUCCCACUCUGCUCACGACAUCUGAGCUACCGCUGGACACUCACACCAUCACCCCAGAGGAAGACACACACAGGCUACAGUUAGCCCGCAGACAGCUGCAAGUCACCGGUGAUGCCAACGAAAGCGCAGAGGACGCUUUUGUACGUCGAGCCAAAGAGGGCAUGGGCAAUGAUGAGGCUCAGUUCAGUGUGGAGUUUCCAGUCACAGGGAAAAUGUACCUGUGGGCAGACAAAUACCGUCCAAGGAAACCCCGUUUCUUCAACAGGGUCCACACAGGCUUCGAGUGGAACAAGUACAACCAGACGCAUUACGACUUCGACAACCCUCCUCCCAAAAUCGUUCAGGGUUACAAGUUCAACAUCUUCUACCCAGACUUGAUCGACAAGCGGUCCACACCUCAGUACUUCCUUGAACCCAGUCCCGACAACAAGGACUUUGGGAUUUUGAGGUUCCAUGCGGGUCCACCAUAUGAAGAUAUUGCUUUCAAGAUUGUUAACAGGGAGUGGGAGUACUCGCAUCGACAUGGCUUCCGCUGUCAGUUUGCCAAUGGUAUCUUCCAGUUGUGGUUCCACUUCAAGAGGUAUCGCUAUCGAAGAUGAAGGUUGCUUACCAGCAUGGACCAAAUUCUCGGGAAAUGGGUUUUACAAAUGCAUAUUACACAAUUUACAUCGUACAGUCCUUGUGCUUUUAGUUUUUAGCUGCUUAUAUCUGAUAAAAAAGCAGAGUUAAAGCUGCAAAUCCCGCCGUUCUGUAAAUGUCAGUUGUAGCUGUACUUUGGAAAUGACAUAUUAAAGAUUUUUCUUACCUUUU